AUGGCUGGUUCUGGGAAUAUCAUGGAUUUGGUGGCUGGCAAUCCAGUGGUGAUCUUCAGCAAGAGCUCUUGCUGCAUGAGCCACACUGUCGAGUCACUCAUUCGUAACUUCGGGGCAAACCCUACCGUUUAUGAGCUCGAUCGGGUUCCGAAUGGACGGCAAAUUGAACGGGCGCUGCUGCAACUGCCCGGAUGUCAACAAAGCACGCCGGCUGUGUUCAUAGGGCAACAAUUCAUUGGUGGCAACAAAGAGGUCAACAGCCUCCACCUGAGGAAUGAGCUUGUCCCAUUACUCAUAAGGGCCAGAGCUAUAUGGAUUUGGAAUGGUGGCCGGAACUGA